UUGUUGUGGUUUUUUUCUUGUUCUAAAUGUAUCUUUUUGUUCAGAAAUGUUGGCUGGGAGGUGCAGGGCUCCCAGAAUUUGCCCAUUUUCUCCACAAUGGCCUGCUGCCAUCCUGCCGCCCCAGGACCCCCCAGCACUACAGCUCCCGUCAUGCUCCGGGCGGGCCGUGCUUCCCACAAUGCCUCGCGCUCCUCCGGCCGCCCCCCUCUGAUGGACGCUCUUCCGGUAUAGGAGAGCACGUGACAAGCGCUCUGUACGCUGAUUGGCGGAUCGCUCCCGGAAGGGCGGGGCGAACGGAGGGGCCGGGGGUGCCCGUCGCCAUGGCCACGGCGACGGACCGGGCGGUGGGGUUCGGCCUGGUGGCCUUCAGCCUCGUUCUCUUCGUGUACUACACGCUGUGGAUCAUCGUGCUGCCCUUCAUCGACAGUGACCACAGCAUCCACCAGUACUUCUUGCCCAGGGAGUAUGCAGUUAUCAUCCCGGUGGUGGCUGGGCUGCUGCUGCUGCUAUUUAUAGGUGUUUUUAUAAUGGUUGUGAUGUGGAAGAGCAAAAAGCCUGCCCGGAAAUCAGACUGAAGGCCCAGCUGAGAGAUGGAGAGAGGGCUCUCCCACCCUGCAGCGCCCAGGCCGGGAGGAGCCAGCCUGCAGCACCAAGCAGCCGCCUCCUCCAGAGCACUCUCGGAGCAGCAGUGGCACCAGGCUGGCUGCUCUCUCUCCCACAUUCCUUCCUGGAAAGACUCAGACUUGCAUAGUUUACAUCUUAAUGACCAAAGGGAAGCAAAACUGACCUACAGGACUUAGCAGAAGAGGGACCAGAGCUCCAGCUAGGACGGAUCUGCUCCCCAGCUGAGGCUGCGUGCAGCAGCUGUGCUUUGGCUGUGCUGGGCUGGAAGCUGUCAGGGUCCAGCAGCUCUAAUUGCGGAGUGAGAGUUGAGUUCUGGCCCCCGCCAGGUGCUCGGCCUCUGGGUAAUCUUUCCCCUCUGCUCUUGCUGCGUACAGUAGUUUAUUCCUUCUGGGAUUUUUUUUUUAACUGGAAUUGCUAAUGAUGGUGCUGGGAGCUCUCAUAUUUCUGAAGAGGGCCCUGUGAUCUGUGCUUACAGAGCACAUGCUGCACCCACGUCUGUCCCCUCCUACAGUUAGUCAGCUGAGGACACAGCAUGCCUGGGGUGGCAGAGGAAGCGUUUGGCUCCAGCAUCACUGAAUGCAGUUCUCCCCCCAGCUGUCAGCUGCAGGCUGGGCUCCUGCCUGUACUGGGCCGGCACUGAGCUCCUGGUGGCUGUAGCAAGCUGGAUUUAUCCUCAAUAAAGGUCUGUGAAGUCUCCUCCUA